CCAGCAUUCAGCUCCCUUGGCUCUCCCACCUCUCUUUGUUCUCCUAGCUCACCUGUACCCAAACCUCAGAUCACAAACUUAGCUAGAAUAGCUAGCUAGAGCAAAGCCAGCCAAGCACAGGACAGUGCAGGAGAAGCAAGAACCAAAUGGGCAACAUGCUGCCAUGCUUGGUCCAAGGCAGGACGACCCUCCCGGCCGCCAUGAACCCCAAGCAGAGGUUCUACUCCCUCAAGCUUCUUGUCAAGGCCCUCCACAAGAUGAAGAAGAAGAUGAUGAAGCCCUGCAGCAGCAGCAGCAGCAAGGGCGACAAGAUCGGCGGUAGCAAAUCGUCGUCGCCGGCGCCGACGACGACGUCGGGAGCAGCUUCAGCCACGGCGGCUGCAGGAGGAGGUGCGGCGGCGGCGGGGAUGGGGAGCAAGCCACCCAGGGUGAGCCCGAGAAGGGCGGCACAAGGUGGGCACAGGAAGGGCGUGGUGCGGGUGAAGGUGGUCCUGACCAAGGAGGAAGCGGCGCGGCUGCUGUCGCUGACCGUCGGCGCCGGAGCCGGAGCCGGCCGGAAGACCGCCGCGCAGAUCGUGGCGGAGAUCAAGAGGAUGGAGGCGCGCCGUGCCUUCGCGUCGACGGCCGCGGCGUGGCGCCCGGCGCUCGAGAGCAUCCCCGAGGAGCACCACCACUCGCCGCCGCGCCGUGGCCUCGACGUGCAGGCGGCGGCGGCGUAGGCACGUACCUAGGAUGGAUGGAUGGAUGGAUCGUGGUAGAGAUGGACAGCCAGAGAGCGAGCGAGCGAGGGUUAAUUUGGGUUGAGAGGCGAGCUAAAGCUGGCGACAACGGCGGCCAUGUAUGCUCCCCCUCCCAUGAACGAGCUCCGGCCGGCGGCGCCGCCGCCGUGCAUGCCAUACAGCUUCCCCUUUUUUGAAGCUUACCUCGACCGCCCUCUCUGGCCAUCUCACGUGUAAAAUUAGUCGCAGAAUGAAAGGGAAAUGGAAUGCAAAACUUAUCGUCUUAUCCUUGAUCGUCAAUCUUUCGAUCGAUCGGCUAGAUGAGUAAAAUGACCAGGCAAAAGAAAAACAAAAAAGGGUGUUUCGCCUGGAUGCAUGUUCGACGUUUCAAUGCAACUGGUCUGUCUCUGUUAAUUAAUGCAAUACAUGAAUUUGAAAA